AUGAGCGACCCAAUGCGUUCCAGCGCGUCUGGUGCAGAUACGCUUUCGCUGCGGGAGCGAUCUCGUCAGGAAUACCUUGCAAAGCGCUCGCAACAGCAAGUCGAGCUUUUGCGAAGCGAGAUUAGGGAUGAAGAGGCGUUCUUUCGCGGUGUAAAGCUGACGCGCCGCGAGAAGCGUGAAUUGGACCACAAAAAAGAACUCUUGCGCAUUGCAGAAGAGCAUGCAGCGCUGGAUGAGCGCCAGGAUGAGUAUGCGCUUCCGGAAGACUACAUAACCGAGCAGGGCCGUAUGGACAGGAAACGCAAGCACGCUACGCUGCACGAGCGGCGAUACGACGACGAGAGACAACGUCGCGAACGGAGGCGCGACCUUGAGCGGGUGCCCGAGGGUGAUUCAUUUGAGCGUGAGCAGAUGGAGCGGUCGAUGCUGCUGCUCGAUGUGGCACCGCGCGUCGGCGAUGCACAGCAGGAUGACUUCGAUUUUGUGUUUGACGAGUCGCAGACGAUCCAGUUCAUCGUUGACCAGCAAAAAGAAGGCGGUUUGAACCAGGUUACGUCUGAAAAAGAGCUCGCACUUCAAAGAGAGCUGCAAGAAGCCGAAAACCGCGCGACGACCAUUGAAGAGACGCGCAAAAGCCUGCCCGUGUAUGCCUUGCGCGAAGAACUCCUGCAAGCAAUCGCCGAGUUUCAAGUGCUCAUUGUUGUCGGCGAGACGGGCUCGGGCAAGACGACGCAGCUUCCCCAGUUCCUCUACGAGUCAGGAUACACCAAGGAUGGCAAAAUGGUGGCGUGCACGCAGCCGCGGCGAGUUGCUGCAAUGAGUGUCGCUGCGCGAGUUGCCGAAGAAAUGGGCGUGCGUCUUGGCGCAGAGUGUGGGUACAGUAUCCGAUUUGAAGAAUGCACCUCGGACAAAACCAUGCUCAAGUACAUGACGGAUGGCAUGCUGCUCCGCGAGUUUCUCACGAAUCCUGACCUCGGCAGUUAUUCGGCGAUCAUGAUCGACGAAGCGCACGAGCGCACGCUAAGCACCGACAUUCUGUUCGGCCUAGUCAAGGACAUUGCGCGCUUUCGUCCCGACCUAAAACUGAUUAUUUCCAGCGCGACACUCGACGCUGAAAAGUUUAGCGAAUUCUUUGACGACGCGCCUAUCUUUUUCGUCCCGGGACGGCGGUUCCCGGUCGACAUACAUUAUACCCCCCACCCCGAGGCGAAUUAUUUGCAUGCUGCUAUCACCACCGUGUUUCAAAUUCACACCACCCAGCCAAAAGGCGAUGUCCUUGUUUUUUUCACGGGCCAGGACGAGAUUGAGGCCGCGGCGGAGAGCUUGCAGCAAACUGCGCAGGCCCUCGGCGGCAAAAUUCCAGAGCUGCUCAUCUGCCCUAUUUACGCAAAUCUUCCAAGCGACAUGCAGGCAAAGAUCUUUGAGCCUACGCCAGAAGGUGCGCGCAAAGUCGUGCUCGCGACCAACAUCGCCGAAACCUCGAUCACGAUCGACGGGGUUGCGUUUGUGAUUGACCCUGGAUUUGUCAAGCAGAACUCGUACAACCCGCGCUCUGGCAUGGCUGCACUCACCGUCGUGCCUUGCUCUCGCGCCUCUGCAAACCAACGUGCGGGGCGUGCAGGCCGCGUUGGACCCGGCAAGUGUUUCCGUCUUUUUACAAAGUGGGCGUACAACAACGAAAUGGAGGAGAAUACUGUGCCAGAGAUCCAGCGGACAAACUUGGCGAAUGUAGUGCUCUUGCUCAAGUCGGUCGGGAUCCACGACCUGCUCAACUUUGACUUUUUGGACCCGCCGCCGACGGAUACCCUGAUCCGGUCCUUGGAGCUCUUGUAUGCGCUGGGCGCGCUCAACGACCGCGGCGAGCUUACCAAGCUUGGGCGGCGCAUGGCCGAGUUUCCCGUGGACCCAAUGAUGAGCAAAGCCAUUCUCACAUCGGAGGACCAUCACUGCACGGAAGAAGUAUUGUCGAUCGUCUCCAUGCUCGCCGAAAGCGGCUCCUUGUUUUUCCGCCCCCGCGACAAGAAAAUGCACGCGGACCGCCAGCGACAAACGUUUAUACGCCCGGGAGGCGACCAUUUCACACUGCUCAACAUCUGGGAGCAAUGGGUAGAGAGUGGGUACAGCACCGCGUUUUGUCUCGAAAACUUUCUGCAGCCGAAAGCGCUUGCGCGCGUUCGCGACGUGCGUGACCAGCUGGCACAUCUCUGCGAGCGCGUCGAACUCGUCCCUGCGUCCAGCGCCGCCAAUCCCGAUAUCUCUGGCAUCCAAAAAUCCUUGCUGGCGGGCUAUUUUAUGAAUUCUGCGCGCCUCCAAAAAGGAGGCGAGACGUACCGCAGCAUCAAGCAGAACCACUCGGUGUAUAUUCACCCCUCGUCCGGACUUUAUAAACACGUACCGCAGCCUCGAUUUCUGUGCUACUAUGAGCUCGUGGAAACCUCGAAAAACUUUAUGCGGCAAGUGAUGGAAAUUCAGCCCGCGUGGCUGCUCGAGGUCGCAAAGCACUACUUUCACCGCGACGAUGUCCAGGAUCAUUCCAAGCAGCAGCGCAUGCACCGCAACGUAGGUGCCGCUCCAUCGUAUACAAAUGAUAGCCAAGGCGCUCGCGCGUAG